AACUAGACGUGAAGUGCUUGACUCCCAUGAAUUAGCAAACCAACGAGCCGAAAAUCUCUUGGAAACUGAACCAACCGGAGUGGAAGGGAAUUUUUUUAUGACCUCGACAACUCAGGGUGAAGAAGAGACGUAUACGUAUGCCAAUUAUGAAGAAGAAAACAAAACACAAAGUCGUGCGUGUGAGCAACCAGCUGGUGAUUCUAAUAACAAACACAACAUAAAAACAACAAAAUUCGAAAGGCCACUCACACAUCAAACAGCAAAUAAAGACAACUAUACCCCAUUGAUGAAAAACCGUACGAGCAGAGACCCGAACAGCCAUUAUUACCAGCACUUGCAAAAAGAAUCUAUCCAAAUCAAUGGUAAUAAUUCCAUGCUCUCUUUAUCUCAUGGCAAUAAACAACCAAACCAAAGUGUUGAACCGGAGUGUAUCAGUGAUUUCGUUAUCUCAAAUGAUGCAGGGACAAGCGUUUAUAGCAAAAAGCAACCAAAACCAGAAAAAAGAACCUCGUAUACUGGCAAAUAUGCUAUCUCAAAUGACAUUGAAUACACGACAAUUGCUCGCAAUAACAAUACGAAUAACACAGUUAGAAAGGUCGCGAAUUCUAACGAUGAAGACCCAUUUCAAUUUGUUGAAUCCAAUGUCCACGGAUAUGAACCGUUGAUGAAAAAUCGCAGGAGUAGUGACCACUACUACCAACACUUGCAAUAGAAUGGCAAAGAAGGAACAUACUGUGGAAUUUGUUGUGAAUAUAAAACAAGUAAUUUCCAACGUUGGGAGACCAUUGCAAGAAAUAACUUUUCAAGCUAACGUGGUUUUAACGGAGUGAAGCGACCUACAUAAGCUACGACAUUUUCAAACAGCAAUUCUACUUAUAAAUUGAGCAAAUUGUAUGAAUUAAUGCAAUAGCAUUUUCUUUGAGACAAUUCCACUUUUGCCCUCCUGUUGACACAAUUAAAGACCCCCAAUGAAUUAGGCAUUUUCAACCGCUGUAACAGGAAAUUUGCUCCUCCUCUAAAUUUCCCGGGAAAUUUGGUCCCACGGAGCACUUUUUCUAGGAAAUUUGGCCUCCUUGUCAGAAAUAAAAUUUCUACGAGUUUAUAAGCAUGAUUUUUUGUUUGCUUGAAUGUUUUAUAAAGCCGAAUGCGUUUUAGAAAUGUACGAGUAUUGAUUUGUUUAAAAUCACUAACUUUGCUUAAGCGCAAAAAUAAGAACUGCCAUUUCUGGGUUGUACUCCAAUGAAGUGAAAUUUGCUUUUAUUUUUUUAUUGACUUAAAAAAGUAUUUAAAUGCUUGCAAGCAAUUUGAUAUAUCUAUCAGCUCAUUUUACGCUGAGUGGAACUUAACAAAUGUUAAUUGCAAAA